CACAGUUGCGCUUGCGAAGAAAGAAGGGGCGGGAUAUAGAGAAGAUGGACGGACCCACUUUUCCAUUGGUGUGCGCUCGCUGUAAAGUGACAAGUAGUCUCAUGUGGGAGAAAAACAAGGAAGGAGAGAUCCUCUGCCUCGAAUGUCACUCCAACUCCAGGCAAGAGCCGGCGAGCGUCCUAUCUCGCUCUGAACGACCCAUGACUACCGCUGCUUCUUCGCAUAGCAACCGGGAACCUGUCGUCGCCACCGCCUCUUCCGAGCCUCCGUCGACGUCCGCGGGGUUUACCGGGAGACGAACGAGACAGCGAAACGCGAAGGGACGAUACGGAAGAGCCCCGGCGGUCGAAAAUGCAACUAAAAACUCGGCUACGCCGCCUUCUUCCGCCUCGCCAGCCCCGAUGGGCGGAAGUCAGUCGCCCGCUCCUCCUCCCGCUCCUCCCUCUUCAUCCCAGCAACAAACUGAAAGCAACACGACCUCCAGUCAAAAGAAGGGAAAGACGAGUUCAGGAAGGCGCUCUCUAAUAAGAGUGACAAAACCGACGAAAGCGCCCGCUUUUGAUGCGACAGUUGUCACCAGCGACGCAGUACUACACAAAGGCACGAGGUAUGAGGUGGGAGACAUUGUUUCAAUUAUGGACGAAAACGGUAGAGUGUACUAUGCACUACUGAGAGGAUUUCUGGAGGACCAGUAUGCCGAGAAAUACGCAGCCCUGACUUGGCUCAUCCCUACCACACCCAACCCGAAAGACUUUGACCCUUCACUAUUUGUACUAGGUCCAGAAGAGGACAGUCCGAGAGACAUGGAAUGCCUCGAUUUCGUGACCCACUCUCCGCAAUCUGCCAGCUUCCUUCCCUCCCUCUCUCGUGACUCAGACCUCGCAAUGCUCUGGACGGGCUCCAAGAGAAGACGAAUAAUGUUCACUUCUUAGCACACAGCUGUCACUGGCACAGUCAACAUAGGUCAUACAUUAAUAGACACACGUCAUAAUUGUGUUACAAUGACAUUGUUUUAACCUAUUUAUUAAUGUGUGAUGUA